GGCGUGGCCCGGCCGUGACGGCUCGCUGAGGCGGCUUCUCGCUCCCCUCCAAGAUGUCGGCGCUGGCUGUGGCGACCGCGGCGGCUGCCACCGCGGCCGCCGUCACCGCAGCGCGCUCCGACAGGCAGGGCAGCCCGGCUUCGUCGCGGGGCUUCUACUUCAACACGGUGCUGUCGCUCGCCCGCUCGCUCGCCGUCCAGAGACCCGCCCCGCUCGAGAAGGUCCAAAAACUUAUGUGCAUGUGCCCCGUGGAUAUCCAUGGGAUUUUUCAGCUGGACGAGCGCCGCAGAGAUGCUGUGAUUGCACUGGGAAUUUUUCUCAUAGAGUCUGACCUGCAGCACAAAGAUUCGCUCAUCCCUUACCUUCUCCGGCUACUGAGGGGCCUUCCCAAAGUGCAAUGGAUUGAAGAAAGCAAUUCGCGAAAAGGCCGAGGCACCCUUCCAGUCGCAGAAAACUUCAGCUUCUGUUUAGUGACCUUGCUGUCCGAUGUGGCCUACAGAGAUGCGUCUUUAAGAGAGCAGGUUUUGGAGCCAAUUUUACAAGUGAUGCAAGUUCUCCUAGGAAUGUGUCAAUCUCCACAGAUCCAGGAUAAAGAAUAUUUGUGCAAAUAUGCCCUGCCUUGCCUAAUCGGAAUAUCCCGAGCGUUUGGUCGCUACAGCCAUUCAGAAGAGGCUCUGCUGUCCAAGCUUUUCCCCAAAGUGUCCCCCCAUUCCCACCGGGCCUCCAGCGAACUGGACGGGAUACGGAGGCGUUCCUUCAAUGACUUCCGCUCCAUCCUUCCCAACUCUCUGCUGACCGUCUGCCAGGAAGGAUCGUUAAAGAGGAAAACCAGCAGCGUUUCCAGCAUCACACAGGUCAGCCCUAAUCGUGGGAUUCCCCCGCCCGGUUCUCCAGGAGGAACGGCUAUACAGUAUUUUGAAGCAGGUUCCUAUCUGCCGGAUGGGAGCGCUGUCGACCCCGAAUAUUAUUUCUCCACCAUCAGCUCCAGCUUCUCUGUUUCGCCCCUCUUUAACGGGAUCAGCAACAAAGAGUUUAACAUUCCGCUAGAAAUGCUUCGCCAGUUGUUGAACAUGGUCAAACAAAUAGUUGGGGAUUCUGUUCUCAAAACUCUGGAUGCAGUGGCGACUGAAGUUAUCGAGGCCAACCCGCACAUCGAGGUCUUCUACAAAAUGUUCAGCGACCCUCUGUACGUGGCCCAAUUCAAAAUGCUGAGAGACACCCUGUACCAUAUGAAAGAUCUUCCCAACUCUUUUGUGAAAGAAAUUCACGAUUUCGUGCUGGAACAAUUCAACACCAGCCAGCCGGAGCUUCAGAAACUCCUUCACGAAGUCGAUAAAUUGCACAACGAGCUGAAUCCGCUGAAAUUGCGUUGCCAGGCGAACGCCGCCUGCGUGGAUCUCAUGGUUUGGGCUGUGAAGGAUGAGCAAGGAGCAGAAAACCUCUGCAUCAGGUUGUCCGAAAAGUUGCAGUCCAAGACCUCCAGCAAAGUGAUCAUCGCCCACUUGCCUCUUCUGAUCUGCUGCUUACAGGGUCUCGGCCGCUUGUGCGAGAGGUUCCCCGUGGUGGUUCACUCGGUCAAUCCGUCUUUGCGGGAUUUCCUUGUGAUCCCUUCUCCAGUCCUGGUCAAAUUGUACAAAUAUCACAGCCAGUACCAAACAGGCACCAACGACAUCAAGAUCAGCAUAACCAACGAGCACGCCGAGUCUACCCUGAGCGUAAUGUCGGGCAAGAAAAACGAAUCCUCCAUGUACGAACAGCUCCGGGAUGUUGCGAUCGAUAACAUCUGCAGGUGUUUGAAAGCCGGUUUGACCAUCGAUCCUGUCAUCGUUGAAGCCUUCUUAGCCAGUUUAUCGAAUCGUCUCUACAUCUCCCAAGAAAGUGAUAAGGAGGCCCACCUCAUUCCAGACCACACAAUCCGUGCCCUGGGCCACAUAGCAGUGGCUCUGAGGGACACCCCCAAAGUGAUGGAGCCCAUUCUCCAGAUCUUGCAGCAGAAGUUCUGCCAGCCACCGUCUCCUCUUGACGUGCUCAUCAUCGACCAGCUGGGCUGUUUAGUUAUCACCGGAAAUCAAUAUAUUUACCAGGAGGUGUGGAAUUUGUUUCAGCAGAUCAGCGUGAAAGCAAGCUCCAUUGUAUACUCUGCGACUAAAGACUAUAAAGAUCAUGGAUACAGACACUGUUCCUUAGCUGUUAUUAAUGCCCUGGCUAACAUCGCUGCCAAUAUACAGGAUGAACACUUGGUUGACGAGUUGCUGAUGAAUUUGUUGGAACUUUUUGUGCAGCUGGGGCUGGAAGGAAAAAGGGCCAGCGAGCGAGCAAGUGAGAAAGGGCCGGCGCUGAAGGCCUCCAGCAGCGCAGGCAACCUCGGAGUGCUGAUCCCUGUUAUUGCUGUGCUCACCAGACGCUUGCCACCAAUCAAGGAAGCCAAACCACGAUUGCAAAAACUCUUCCGCGACUUCUGGCUGUAUUCGGUGCUGAUGGGAUUUGCCGUGGAAGGUUCAGGUCUUUGGCCCGAAGAAUGGUACGAGGGUGUUUGCGAGAUCGCCACCAAGUCACCCCUGCUGACUUUCCCGACCAAGGAGCCCCUUCGUUCUGUCCUUCAGUAUAACUCUGCCAUGAAAAAUGACACAGUCACCUCUGCUGAACUGAACGAAUUGAGGAGCACCAUCAUAAAUCUUCUGGACCCUCCUCCUGAAGUUUCAGCCCUGAUCAACAAGUUGGACUUUGCCAUGUCUACCUACCUGCUUUCCGUAUAUCGCCUAGAAUGCAUGAGGGUCCUACGUUCAACAGACCCAGAUCGUUUCCAAGUGAUGUUUUAUUACUUUGAGGAUAAAGCUAUCCAGAAAGACAAAUCAGGUAUGAUGCAGUGCGUGAUAGCCGUCGCCGAUAAGGUCUUCGAGGCUUUCCUUAGCAUGAUGGCAGACAAACCCAAAACGAAAGAAAAUGAAGAAGAGCUGGAAAGACACGCUCAAUUCUUGCUGGUCAACUUUAACCACAUUCAUAAGCGAAUAAGACGAGUUGCAGAUAAAUACUUAUCGGGUCUUGUAGACAAGUUUCCUCACUUACUUUGGAGCGGAACGGUGCUGAAGACUAUGUUAGAUAUCCUCCAGACCCUUUCCCUCUCUCUCAGCGCUGACAUCCAUAAGGAUCAACCGUAUUAUGACAUUCCAGAUGCCCCGUAUAGAAUUACUGUCCCUGAUACCUACGAAGCUAGAGAGAGCAUUGUUAAGGAUUUUGCUGCCCGGUGUGGCAUGAUCCUCCAAGAAGCUAUGAAAUGGGCACCUUCAGUCACCAAAUCCCACCUGCAGGAAUAUUUGAACAAGCACCAGAACUGGGUGUCAGGCCUGUCACAGCACACGGGGUUGGCCAUGGCAACCGAGAGCAUUCUCCACUUUGCAGGCUACAACAGGCAAAACACAACACUAGGGGCCACUCAAUUAACCGAAAGGCCCACCUGCGUGAAGAAAGAUUACUCCAACUUCAUGGCUUCCCUGAACCUACGCAAUCGCUACGCUGGAGAAGUUUCUGGGAUGAUUCAAUACUGCAACGCCACAGGGCGGACAUCGGACCUGAAUAAACUCAUGGUCAAGCAACUCAGCAACGCCCUGGAAGCCGGCCAAGCAGAGAACUAUACCCAGGCGAUGUUUAAGAUGACCGCUUUGUUGAUAAGCAGCAGAGAGACCGAUUCCCAGCUCCUACAUCACCUCUGCUGGGGCCCUCUGCGUAUGUUCAGCGAACUGGUCAUGCAGACUGCCCUUGCUUGCUGGGAGUGGCUGCUGGCCGCUAAGAACGGAAUAGAAGUCCCGUUCAUGAGAGAGAUGGCUGGGGCUUGGCAAAUGACCGUGGAGCAGAAAUUUGGCCUCUUCUCCACCGAGCAGAAAGAAGCCGAUCCUUUAGCCGCCUCCGAAGAAAGCCAACCGAAACCGUGUCCACCGGAGGUCACCCCACAUUACAUCUGGAUAGAAUUCUUGGUGCAGCGGUUUGAAAUUGCCAAGUACUGCAGUUCGGAUCAAGUGGAGAUCUUUGCCAGCUUACUCCAGAGGUCCCUGUCUUUGAAUAUCGGCGGAUCGAAGGGGAGCAUGAACCGCCACGUGGCAGCCCUCGGGCCCCGUUUUAAGCUGUUAACGCUGGGACUGUCUCUGCUACAUGCCGAUGUCAUCCCAAACGCAACGAUUCGCAAUGUCUUGAGGGAGAAGAUCUAUUCCACGGCUUUUGAUUACUUCAGCUCCACCCCCAAGUGUCCAACCCAAGGAGAGAAGAGGCUGCGCGAGGACAUCAUCAUCCUCAUCAAGUUUUGGACGGCAAUGUUCUCCGACAAGAAAUACUUAACGGCCAGCCAGCUUGUGCCUCCAGAUAACCAAGACACCCGGAGUAAUCUCGACAUCACUGUGGGCUCCCGACAGCAAGCUACCCAGGGAUGGAUCAACACCUACCCUUUAUCCAGCGGCAUGUCCACCAUCUCCAAAAAAUCAGGAAUGUCUAAGAAGACGAAUCGAGGGACUCAGCUCCACAAAUACUACAUGAAAAGGAGAACUUUGCUCCUCUCACUUCUGGCUACCGAGAUCGAACGCCUCAUCACUUGGUAUAAUCCUCUUUCGUCUCCGGAACUGGAGUUGGACCAGACGGGCGAGAACAGUGUUGCCAACUGGCGGUCCAAAUACAUCAGCUUGAGCGAGAAGCAGUGGAAGGAUAACGUGAACCUGGCCUGGAGCAUCUCCCCUCACCUUGCAGUGCAGCUUCCCACCAGAUUUAAAAACACGGAAGCAAUUGGGAUGGAGGUCACCCGUCUGGUUCGCUUGGACCCUGGAGCUGUGAGUGACCUGCCGGAAGCCAUCAAGUAUCUUGUUACUUGGCACACCAUCGAUGCCGAUGCUCCAGAGCUCAGCCACAUCCUGUGCUGGACCCCCACCGACCCACCGACGGGCCUCUCUUAUUUCUCCAGCAUGUAUCCUCCUCAUCCUUUGACAGCUCAAUACGGGGUGAAAGUGCUCCGAUCUUUCCCACCGGAUGCUAUUCUAUUUUACAUUCCGCAGAUUGUGCAGGCUCUUCGAUACGACAAGAUGGGUUACGUCAGGGAAUACAUCCUCUGGGCAGCUUCCAAGUCCCAGCUGCUGGCUCACCAGUUCAUUUGGAAUAUGAAGACCAACAUCUACCUGGAUGAAGAGGGACACCAGAAAGACCCUGACAUUGGGGAACUGCUGGAGCAGCUUGUCGAGGAAAUAACCGGCUCGUUGUCUGGUCCAGCAAAGGAGUUUUACCAACGGGAAUUUGACUUCUUCAACAAAAUCACCAACGUUUCCGCCAUCAUCAAGCCUUAUCCUAAAGGCGAAGAGCGAAAAAAAGCUUGUCUGAACGCUUUAUCUGAAGUAAAAGUGCAACCCGGUUGCUAUUUACCAAGCAAUCCUGAAGCUAUUGUUCUGGAUAUCGACUACAAGUCGGGAACGCCUAUGCAAAGCGCUGCCAAAGCCCCUUACUUGGCCAAGUUCAAGGUGAAGAGGUGUGGAGUGAGUGAACUUGAAAAAGAAGGCCUGCGUUGUCGUUCAGAUUCCAUAGAUGAAAGCGGAGAAGACGGGAGGGAGAGUAAGAAGAUUUGCUGGCAGGCCGCCAUCUUUAAAGUGGGCGAUGACUGCAGGCAGGACAUGUUGGCCUUGCAGAUCAUCGAUCUGUUCAAGAACAUAUUUCAACUGGUGGGCCUCGACCUUUACGUCUUUCCCUACAGAGUGGUAGCCACCGCUCCUGGGUGUGGCGUCAUCGAAUGCAUUCCAGAUUGUACUUCCCGGGAUCAGCUGGGCAGGCAGACCGACUUCGGCAUGUACGAUUACUUUACUAGGCAGUACGGAGAUGAAUCAACCCUGGCCUUCCAGAAGGCUCGCUACAACUUCAUCCGCAGUAUGGCUGCGUACAGUCUUCUGCUGUUCCUCUUGCAAAUUAAAGACAGGCAUAAUGGCAACAUCAUGCUGGACAAACAUGGACAUCUCAUUCAUAUUGACUUGGUUAUUGGACUUCAAAGAUCUACACAGGUCAACGUCUUCUGUUGUGGCUCCUGCCCCCGAACCUGGCCCCAUGCCCGAAAGUGCCUCGGAGCCGGGCCUGCUGCCAGAAAGUGACUCAGAGCUGGGCCUGCUGCAAGAAAGUGAUUUGGACAAUGAGGGAGAAGGGCCAUCAGGACUUACCUCGGAAGCACCGGCCUCCCUGGAUGAGCUCCAAGAGCCAGAAGCAGGCCAAGCGAAAGAGAUAACGAGGCCUCCUUCUCCUGACUGAUUCCGCCCCCCCAGGCCACGCCUGCAGACCCAGCUGAGAGCAAUCAGGCUUGGCUCAAUCCCAGGUUUCUUAGGCAGGAGAGAAGAGAACAACAGAAGUAGGGGAGGGGCAGGCCUAGGAAGUGCUGAGUCAUAGAGACACACCCCACAGGAUAUAAAAGGCAGCAAGAGCUGGUGUGUCUCUUUGUAUCAGGCAAAUCCACGGAUUGACAAGAGCUGAAAGUUGUGACUCACCAGCGUCUUGGUAGCCAACGAGGGCUCUUGGCAGGCGCUGGCUUUUUUGCUGCCAGAGCUGAUAAGAGCCAGCUAAUUAAGCCAUCGUUCGGACGGAGGCGAGGAGGACACAACAUC